AUGCAUUGGCACCACUCAACGCAAACCCGCUCUACCGGCGGUAUUCUGUCACCUAAAACACGCACUACCCGCACCACCCAUCGCCAUCACGGCCAUCACGGCCACCACGGCCACACCCAUCGCCAUGGCCUCGGUCUAAGCACCGCUGGCGCAACUACCACAACAGCCCGACGCAGUCCCGGCACCGGCCUCUUCCACCGCCGUGUCCACACGCCACGCACAAAGGUCCGCACAACACGCACUACGACACGCAGAACCGGCGGCGGCGGCGGCCUCUUUGGCACCAGACACCACCAUACCAAGCGGUCGCACGUGCUGCCCGUGGCGACAACAACACGCCGCAAGCCCACGGUGGGCGACCGCAUUAGCGGUGCCUUCCACAAGAUCAAGGGCUCCAUCACCGGCCAGCCGCGUGAAAAGGCUAUUGGCGACCGCCGCAUGCACGGCACCACCCGCCGGAGAAGAUGGUAG